AUGUCUGCGCGAAUUCGCCACUCACUGUCGCCUUCCUCUACCCGUGUACCACUGCCUUCCUCUACCCGUGUACCACUGCCUUCCUCUACCCGUGUACCACUGCCUUCCUCUACCCGUGUACCACUGCCUUCCUCUACCCGUGUACCACUGCCUUCCUCUACCCGUGUACCACUGCCUUCCUCUACCCGUGUACCACUGCCUUCCUCUACCCGUGUACCACUGCCUAUCUCCACCCGCCCUCCUCUCCGCUCCUCGCCACCUCCUUACACGCACUCUCCUGCUGCCCUCGUCGCGCGCUCUGCCCUUCUUGCAAUGAAGGCGCGGGCGGGCGUGCGGUUGGAGCGGGUGGAGGCGGGGCCGGCGGAGGAGGCGGAGGGGGAGGGCACGGAGGCGAGUCCGCGGCUGCCCAAGGCGGACAGCCACAGCCGCGCGCCGCACGAGGCCGUCGCGCGCAUCCUCGAGGACGACCUGCUGGAGGGGGGCGGGCUGGAUGGGGGGAACGCGGAGGGGGGAGCGGGGGGCGGGGGGAGCGCGGAGGAGGGAGGCGCAGGGGGCGGUGCGUCGGCACUGCGCACCGAUGACAGCACUGCCUGUCUUGUUGCGUUCCACUCACUGCCCUCUCCUCCUCUGCCUGGCCUUCCUCUGCCCUCUCCUCCUCUGCCCUCUCCUCCUCUGCCCUCUCCUCCUCUGCCCUCUCCUCCUCUGCCCGCUCCUCCUCCGCCCGACCCUCCUCUGCUAGUGCCUUAUGCCUUUCCACCUGCUCACGCAUCGCUCUCCCGCCCCUCUCCUGAUCUCCCCUCUUUUUCCACCCACUCCCCCGUUUGCCUGUGGGGCCAGGUGUUCCACGUGUACAGGGCGGGGCGCACAGGGCCCGUGCUGCUGUGCCUGCAUGGGGGCGGCUAUGCCGGGGCAUCGUUUGCAGUGGCGGCGGGGCACAUGAGGGGCGAGGUGCAGGUGGUGGCCGUGGAUAUGCGUGGCCACGGCGCCACACGCACCGCCAACGACCUCGACCUCUCCGCCCAGACGCUGGUGGAGGAUGUGGCAGGCGUGGCAAGGAAGCUCUUUGGCGACUCACCUCCCGCCAUCGUGCUGCUGGGUCACAGCAUGGGGGGGGCGGUGGCAGUGCGCGUGGCGGAGCAGCAGCUGCUGCCAUCGCUGGCAGGCCUCGUCGUCGUCGACGUCGUCGAGGUGCGUCCCUCUCUGCCUCCCUCUCUGCCUCCCUCUCUGCCUCCCUCUCUGCCUCCCUCUCUGCCUCCCUCUCUGCCUCCCUCUCUGCCUCCUCCCUGCCUCCCUGCCCCCACCUGCCUCCUCCCUGCCCCCACCUGCCUCCUCCCUGCCCCCACCUGCCUCCUUCUGCCUCCUCCCUGCCGCCUCCCUGCCUUACACUGCCCCAUGGCAUCACUGCCUCCCUGCCCCCCUGCGUCCCUGCCUCACUGCCUCACACUGCCGAACUGCCUUCUCGAUUCAUCAUGUCAGGCCUACUGGCUCAUGGGCUCACAGGUUUGCGCUUCGCCAUGCUGCUUGAUGCCAGUGUGUCAAGUCAGCGAGUGUGCGCCCCUUCAACACCCUCCACCCCCCUUCAACACCCUCCACCCCCCUUCAACACCCUCCACCCCCCUUCAACACCCUCCACCCCCCUUCAACACCCUCCACCCCCCUUCACAACCCUCUACCCCUUUCACCACCCUCUACCCCCUUUCACCACCCUCUACCCCUUUCACCACCCUCUACCCCUUUCACCACCCUCUACCCCCGUCCUCUACCACCUCUUGCUCGUCCGCCCCCUUGUCCUGCGCCCGCCCUACAUGGGACACGGCACGGCAGGGCAGCGCCGUGGCAUCGCUGGGCCACAUGCACGCAGUGCUGGCGUCACGCCCCUCACACUUCCCAUCGCUCCACAAAGCCGUGGAGUGGAGUGUGCGGUCGGGGCAUCUGAGGAGCGUUGAGUCGGCGCGUGUCUCGGUGCCGCCCACCCUCGUGCCAGACGCCGCAGGGAAGGGGUUUGUGUGGCGCACCCCGCUGGAGAAAUCUCAGCCCUACUGGAAGGGAUGGUACACGGGUCUGUCGGACCUCUUUCUGCGCUGCCCCGUGCCCAAGCUGCUGCUGCUCGCCGGCACCGACCGCCUCGACAAGUGA